AGCACCAAAUACAUUUUGCGAAAACAGAGUGAUAAAAAAAAUAAAAAUAAAUAAAUAAUAAUAAAACUUCAACCGAGGCCGCGCUCCGGCGAAAUUAAGCAGUCUUAAUCGUGAGUCACGCCUUUCACUGUUGUUAUUAAAAGCUUAGUCAGUCACAAUGUACCAAAUUAAGUCAGAGGGAAAUGAUCAGGUUUUCCAGCGAACUAUGGAAAACCAGCACACUGGGCUUUUUCAGGCACCUCCUGUCGGUUACGUUCUUAACCCAAUGCCAAACCUGCCGUCCUCUUCCAUGGGCUGCGCCCAGAUGCCGCAGCCUCCUCCUGCCACUGCGUUUCCGCUUUAUGAGGAGAUGUAUAACUGUAUGCAGCAGCGUUGGAUGUACUCACUGUCAGGCGUUCCUGCCCAGGUAAAGCAAGAAAAGCAAGACAGUACUCUAACCCUGGCAUCUGUUCCUGUAAGCAGAACCAAUGAGCAGCCAGCAGCAGAGGACAUGGAUUCACUGCAAGGACCAAACAGUUUUGUUAUGGCACAAGUGCUGGAGAAGAAGACGGUCUCUUCUUGGGAACGCGGGAUCGGAUACAGCAUGGCUGUGACUGGAGAUGAGACAGAAGCAGGUUCUGUGGCUUCUGGCGACUUUACCAACUGCCAGCUGCGCAACCCCACCUCUAAGCAGUUGAAGACCAAUUCCGGGUUUGGGAGUUACGGCCCUCAGAAGCCUUUAGAGGACUCCUUGCAGAAGAGGGAGCUCCGCCUAAUGAAAAACAGGGAAGCUGCGCGAGAGUGUCGGCGAAAGAAGAAGGAGUACGUCUCGUGCCUUGAAAACCGAGUGGCCGUGCUGGAGCAGCAAAACAAGACUCUCAUAGAGGAGCUCAGAGCCCUGAAAGACAUCUACGGACACAAAGUGGAGUGACUGCCGUCGCAGAGGACAUCGGCAGCGUGGGAUUCUGUGGACUUUUGUCUGUUUCAGUGGCGUGUUUUUUGAAUGGAGUCUGGAAUAACAAACGCGCUGACACAAAGCACUCCUCGUCGUUAAUUUUCUGUGUUCACACAAUGAUGUCAGGAUUUCAAGGGUCGCAAUUAUCCAACACCAGGAGGACAAACAAGAGCGAGUAUUAGGAGGGAAGGUUUGCGAGUGCGUGCCGGUGUUCACUGGACACAUAUGGGUGAGGUUGAGUGAAAAUAGCAGAAGUCACUGCCUUUAUUCGUGCCACUAUCUCAUUUUAUUUGUGUCGCAUUCUGUAUUCCGCAUGAUUAGCUCGCUACUGUUUUGCAUCGCCAGCUGAUGUUGUGAGAAGGAAAAACUUGAGAAUGUAUUCCAAAAAACUAAAUUUACUAUUAUUACUCUCUUAAAAAAAAAAAAUCCUGAAAGAAUUAUAGUUGCAGGAUACUUCAUAUUUUAACUGAAAAGCAGCCUGUAAGGUCCCAAAGUUCAUAUAUGUGAUUACAUAUCUGAAGACAAAUAUCAUUGCUUAUUUAUUUUUGGGCAGGAUUUUUUUUUUUUUU